AUGGAGAAACGCGCGAUCAAGGAAGAAGCGCAUGGAAUGGAAUUUGGUGGACCAAUUGGAGCCUUUCUCAUCUCCUUUGGUCUUCCCAUCGGCUGCUACGCCUUUGCCUUUCUCUGCAACGAUGUUUCCGGAUGUCCCGCGCCUUCCCUCCUCUCGCCCACGAAAUUGGUGGAGAAUGGAUGGAGCAAUGGCCUGAAUACGCUGGCGGCAGAGGUGGGAUGGCCCGGGUGGGCGGGAUUGAUCAACACGCCCGCUGUGUUGGGCACGUUGGCGUGGUAUGGCAUUAGUCUGUUGUUGUAUGUGCUGUUGCCGGCGGAAGAAGUCGAGGGGACCGAGUUGAGGAGUGGAGGGAGAUUGAGAUAUCGCUUCAAUGCCUUCCUCUCCGCCGUCACCAUCUUCGUCGUCCUCGCCGCGGGCAGCGUGGUGCAAGGCGGCGACUUCGCGGUGUGGACGUUCAUCGACCGCAACUACAUCCAACUCCUGACCUGCAACAUCAUCAUCUCCUACGCCCUUGCCAACUGGGUCUACAUCCGUUCCUUCUCCGUCAAGCCAAGCAACAAUGAAAUGCGGGAGUUGGCGGCGGGAGGACAUUCGGGCAACAUCAUCUACGACUGGUACAUCGGCCGAGAACUCAACCCACGCUGUAACCUUCCCUUCUUCGGCGAAAUCGACAUCAAAUCUUUCAUGGAACUCCGCCCGGGAAUGAUUGGAUGGAUGGUGCUGGACUUUGCGUGGAUGGCCAAGCAAUACCGCUCGUACGGAUACGUGACGGAUUCCAUGCUGAUGGUCUGCAUCUCCCAGUCCGUCUACAUCCUAGAUGCCCUCUUCAACGAAGCCGCCAUCCUCACCACCAUGGAUCUCACCACCGAUGGCUUCGGCUUCAUGCUUUCCUUUGGCGAUUUGGUGUGGGUGCCCUUCACCUACACCAUCCAGGCCCGCUAUCUCGCCGUCCACCCCAUCAUGCUGGGUCCCUGGUACAUGGCCGCCAUCCUCGCCGUGCAAUUCUCCGGCUACUACAUCUUCCGCGCCUCCAACAACGAGAAGAACCGCUUCCGCACCGACCCCACCGACUCGCGCGUCGCCCACCUCAAGUACAUUGAAACGGCCUCGGGGAGUCGACUGUUGACCAGUGGAUGGUGGGGAACGGCCCGACACAUCAAUUACCUGGGAGACUGGUUCAUGUCCUGGGCCUAUUGUCUUCCCACUCUCGCUGCGGGAUACCGACUGACCGAUUCCCUCCUCUGGCCGGGAACGAGGAUCGUGAGUGUCGAAGGGAUGAAGUGGUGGGGCACUCCCAUUACCUACUUUUACAUGUUGUAUUUCGCCAUUUUGUUGAUCCAUCGUGAGGGGAGAGACGAGGCGAAAUGUAAGAGGAAGUAUGGCAAGGAUUGGGAGCGGUAUUGCGAGAAGGUGAGAUGGCGCAUCUUGCCGGGUAUUUACUAA